CGGAGACCAACGGCUCGUCGUUCGUCAACAUCGUCUAUUCUGUCGUUCCACCUUUUCUACCGACUUAACAAUUCGAUGACUAACCUUUAAUUUAUGCAGCUGUUCUAAGAAUUUGUUAGUGAAAGUUUUCAAUUUAGGAUUCUGCACAACCAACGAUUUCAAAGAUUUUGGCUUUACUUUGAACAAUCAGAAGAUAUUCCAGGGGGGAAUAAGUAACACACGGAAGAUGAGCAGUUCCUUCACAGGUCCCUCUUCCAAAUCGAAAGUUGGGUCCUCACAACCUUCUGAAACUUCAUUUAAGCGAAAGCGAGGUGUCUUUCAGAAAGACCUGCAACACAUGAUGUAUGGUUUUGGAGAUGAUCCUAAUCCUCUUCCAGAAUCUGUGGCACUCGUGGAGGACAUUGUUGUGGAAUAUGUCACGGAUUUGGCACAUAAAGCUCAAGAUAUAGGAUCAAAGAGGGGAAAGCUAUCAGUUGAGGAUUUUCUGUACCUAAUUCGCAAGGAUCUGCCAAAACUUAACCGCUGUACAGAACUGCUAUCUAUGCAAGAGGAGCUGAAACAAGCUAGGAAGGCAUUUGAAGUAGAUGAGGAGAAGCUAGCAUCGGCUGAGUGACAUCAGAGAACACUUUGCAUCUUCCUGUUACUAUUGUCUUAGCUGCUCGUCUGAUUCAGUUGGUGAUUCUGUAAAUAAUGAAACCGGUCUAAUUACGGUGCCUUAGCUUUAAAAUGUUCUUUUAUUGGUUGCUAAUCUAAGUUUUAGACGUGCAAUAUGCUUGAUUUGGUAGAAA